CGCGAGGCGAGUGACCGCAUCGCCUCCUGCGACUUAACUAAUAAUUUCUUCCUCUCUGUUUGCCUUCACUUCCAUCGCUUCCGAUGGCCACCGCCACAGUUGCGAGGGCGAUCGUGUGCGAGCUGAGGCGGCAGCAGCUGCUGCCGUCGAACAAGGAUCCGGCGAUGCCGAAGAGAGUCCGAUUGCCGGAUCCUCCAGCUGAGGGAGGCAAGAUCAUGCUCCAGCCCAGGCUAUGCACGCUGCGGUCGUACGGGGUGCGUGACGGCGGAUUGAUGAGGAGGGCAGAGACAGACCCGUCUCCUUUCUUCGCCUCCCUCGUCGAGUACGUCGAGAGCUCGCGCAAGAGCCAGCAGUUCGAGAUAAUCUCCGGUCGCCUCGCCAUGGUUGCGUUUGCGGCGGCGGUGUUGGUGGAGGUGGUGACGGGAAACUCCAUCUUCAAGAAGCUGGACUUGCAAGAGAUAGCAGAGGCGGGCGGGGUGUGCGUGGCAGUCGUCGCCUGCGCCGCCACCCUCGCCAGGAUCUCCAGUGCUCGAAUAAGAAUCGGGCAGAUGAUCACGCUGGGAUGCAACAGCUUUGUCGACUCCCUCAUCGACAGUGUGGUGGAAGCCCUGUUUUGUGACAGCGAGCUCAGCGAUUGGUCCGAUGAGAUGUAGUGGACGAUGAUACAAUUUCAGUGUUGGAGAUGAGAAGUGAGUAUUUGGAUUGGUAAAAUAGAACAGUGUCAUAUAUGGCUAAGAAUUGGAGAUGAUCUCCACUGGUAAGCUAUGAUCUAUAACUAUAACACAGGAAGAAACAGAGAGAAAAAAAAAUGCAAUUUUUAUACUCUGGAACUCAUCAAUCAUCGUGUGUUUUAGAUUCGGGUUGCUGAUCAGCUCCCAUGAUAAUUUGUAUUUACAUAUAGAAAUUAUUUGUAAAUGUCAAACUUCUUUCUUUAUACAAUAUUUAUGUAUUUCCUCC